AUCCUCACUAGCUCCUCCUUCCAUCUCCUUCUCUUGCGAGAACAUAUCUCAUUCUCCACGCGUCAUACCAGUCAAACCAUCAUCACAGUCAUCAUGAACACCCAUACUCAUCCUCCAAAUGCCACCUUCUUCCAAUAUCUCGAUGUGGCGGCCGGUGGCCAACCUCGCUACGCGUUCACGACGCGUCAAUUGGACGACCUUGAGCGUGGUGUUGUCCGCUCCUCUGAGUCAAUGUCUUCCAUGUUCGAUCAAAAGGACAUUCAAAGACAAAAAGUUGCCAAAUACCCUACGCCACCUCCUGUGUAUCUCGUUCCAGAACCCGUUCCCAUUGCUGCACCCAAACCCAUGCACCCAGAUGCGAUCAGUCCCCCUCUCCUCACAUUGCAAUGGAAACUGACCGGCAAUGAAUUCUAUACGCCCCCGCCCUCGUAUAAUCAAUUGUCGCCACAUGAAUGGGCGAAGGAGACGGCGGCAACGGUCCCUAAGAAGGACCGUAUCGUCGACGUCGGAAAACGCGCCCCUCAGCCACCUAUCGGCACAGGCCGACCACGGCCAUCCAACACACAGCGCAGAUUGGCCUUGACGGCAACCUCGCAUUCAACCUAUCACUCGCAAUCGGUCAGCAAUGAGAGGGCUAUGGCCUUACUGGCUAUUCUCAAUGGCCAUGCUGGUCCCGCAAUGGUCCACAAACCUUCAGAUCAGUGGGCACUUAAUGAGCGAUGUUCGUCGUAUUCCUCGUAUGAUGGUCCCAAGGCGACCCCGGUCUCGUCUUCGCAUGCCUACAACACAAGUAGUCAUCAACAAACUUUCCCAAUCUCUGCGUCUAAACCGCAGACCCAAAUACUAGAACCCAUGUCGACUCUGAGGGGAGUGCCUUCUCAGAGCCAUGGGGUUCAUGUAUCAAGGUCUGCGGACCGGAUGCAAGUUGGGCGGGAUUCGUGGAAAUCGUGCGCCAAUGAGGAGCACAAUGGAGCCAUGUGCAUGAGGAGUGAGGGCAUUGUCAAUGACCUAUCGGGUGCUCUGUCGCGAGAUCGGCCCAUCAUCAUCUACGACACCCAUCAACCUAUUCAACGCACGAAGAGAACCCGUCCUCUCCCGCGUCCCCCGAUCCAGGCAGAGAUCUCGCCACUCGUCAUGAGUUUCUUAGCCUUGAGGGUGUAAGCCAUUGGGAUGCAUAGGUAAAGAGUAGGAAGGAGUGACAGUGGACACUGAACACUUCCCUAGGAGUCUUAUAUCUGAUGACAUGGACCAUGAUUUUGUCUAGAACUCACAUUUUUGUCUUUUGUCUUUUACUUUGUUCUUGUAUUGAAUCGAUCGUCUUAUCGCUAUAUCAGACACCUUUCUUGACCC